AUCCGGCGACUGUGCGCCGCUGUUGGUGGCACUACUGCUGAAGCGACCAGGAGACGAGCUCUGUUUGCGGCGAAACAGAAAGUCAUUUACUCCUCGCUGUACGCGAGCUUCUUGAACAAAAUCUCAAGUUUCUCGUCAGUGAACCAUGAGCGGUGAAGGACCCAUUCCAGCGGCGGUGGCCGAGAAAGAGCUUGGAAAUGCUGCCUAUAAACAGAAGAAGUUCGAUGAAGCCCAUACCCACUACGAUAAAGCCAUCGAAUUGGAUCCCAAAGACAUGUCCUUCUUGACCAACAAGGCGGCUGUGUUCUUCGAGCAGAAGGAGUACGAGAAGUGCAUUGAGAUCUGCCAAAAAGCCAUCGAAGUGGGACGGGAGAACAAGGCUGAUUUCAAGCUCCUGGCCAGAGCCCUCGCGAGGAUGGCGAGCGCCUACCACAAACUCGAAAAUUACGACAACGCCAAGCUCUACUUCGAGAAGAGUCUCACGGAGCACAGAACACCUGAAACCCUCUCGAAACUCAGCGAUGUCGAGAAAAUAAUCAAAGAGCGUCAGCGCAAAGAAUACAUCAACCCCGACAUCGCAUUGGAAGAGAAGAACAAAGGCAACGCCCUGUUUCAGAAGGGCGACUACCCCGGUGCGAUCAAACACUACUCCGAAGCAAUUAAGCGGAACCCCGACGAUGCCAAGAUCUUCUCGAACCGAGCCGCGUGCUACCAGAAGCUAGCCGAACCCCAUCUCGCCCUCAAAGACUGCGACGAGUGUAUUCGCUUGGACCCGAAAUUCGUGAAAGGCUUCAUCCGUAAGGGAUACGCGCUGCUUGCCAUGAGGGACACCACCAAAGCACGAUCGGCUUUCGAGAAAGCUCUCGAUCUUGAUCCGAACAGCGCAGAAGCACUGGACGGCUUCAAGAAAUGUUCAGUCGGCUUCGGCAAUGUUGACCCAGAAGAGGCUCGUAAACGGGCGAUGGCUGAUCCUGAAGUGCAGGAGAUCUUCGCCGACCCGAUCAUGAGAAUGAUCUUGGAUCAGAUGACGAACGAUCCGUCAGCGAUCCGAGAGCACAUGCAGAAUCCGGAUGUCGCGGCUAAAAUCCAAAAACUGCUGGAGUGUGGAAUCAUUCAGAUCGGUCACCGCUAGGUCGAGGGUCCUCGAUCACAGAAAGCAUGAAUGAGAGUCAAUUACUGAUCUUCUCCGGAUAAAUAAAACUUUUAUUCAGAUUUU